CUCGUGAAACAGUGUACGAGCGAGCGAGCGAACAGGCAGCAGCGAUUCAAUUUCCCUCCCUCGUCAAGUUUAGCAUCGAAGCUUUCCCGCCAUCCCCAAAAUAAUUUUCAUACUAGUAUUUCAUAAAAAUCCCUAACGCGUUUGUUCCUUUCCCCACCACAAAUGCGAACGAAGAAAACAAUGUGUACAUGGCAGAUUCUCUCCAACUCCCCAAAUAAUUUCCACUGGCAACGCAUCACCACCACCACCACCCACCAACACGCUUCACCUCCCUCCUUUCCCCUCCCUUCCAUGCAAGAUCUUCUUCGCCAGGGCACUCCAACUCUUCCCCUCCAAGACGACGCCGUUGCUCGAGGGGAAGAGCGCGUGCUAGAUGAUGGUUUCGGGUUCUCGAAUUCCCUUUUCACGACCGGCUCUGGGAAAAAAGUUACCAUAUCUUCCAGCGGUCUGGUUAGGGCAAAGACACUACUAGACACUAUUGACAGUAGUAUCCAAAGUCCUCACCGUACGAAUAAAUUGCACGCGAUUGGCGAAAAACGAAAGCAACGACAAGAGGAAGAAGAUGAAUCGCCUCAAUUAAAGCUGCAUAGAGUUAUAGACAGUCCUUCUGUAGGUGGUGGUUGUCGAGCAUUGAAGAAGAAUGGUUUUGAAGAAACAGAUGCAUACAAGCAGGCUCCAAUUAAAUUCCACACUGCAGGUGGAAGGUCUAUAUCCAUUUCCAAGGACGCGCUGCAGCGUGCUCAGAGCCUUCUUGGCGACGUGGGAGAUUUGUUUGAGGGAGGGGAUGCUGGCAGUUCGAUGUUUUCGUUUCCGUUUGAGAGGCAAGCGGACACGGCUGCCUCUAGUCAAAGAGGGGAUUGUAACACUCCUUUGGUUCGUCGGGUUUUGACACCGGCGAGGAGCAAUUGUACGGCAAAGAGUUUCACUUUUCCCUUACAGUCUUCUAGACAAAGAGAAUUGCCGCCCAAGUUUCCUUGUGAAGGUGAUGGGAAUAACUUAAUAACGGAAUUUGAUGCUGUUGGUGAAGAGAGUGGUUAUAAUAGCUUGAAAAGUACCAAUGCUUGUGGACAGAAGAAACCUCUGUAUGGCUGGAACCAAGCACCACAUUCAGCAGUACAUGAUUCUUCAUUGAAUGGUUUUUCUUCAAAAAUAGAUACACACGCUGUAUCAAUACGCAGGCCAUUGGUUGAUGUUUCCAAUACCACUAACCCAGAUCAAACAAACAAUAGGCAACCUGCUAGUGGAAAACGGAGAUUAGGAUUGCGUGUAACUGUUUCUCCCUUUAAAAAGCCUCGAAGUUCCCAAAUUUCUGUUCCUUUAGAACAGGAUAUUGGAAAAUCUCCUCAUGAUUUGUCUCAAUUGUCCUCUGGUGUUUCUGGAUGCAAAAGAGAGGUUUCUAUCCGAUAUCCAUUUCAGUAUCCAAGGAUGCACAUCAAGGAUUUUUUUGUUGUGCCUCCAUUACAGGAGAAAGCGCAUUUUCCCAACCUGAGCAGGCAGGUCACAUCAGUUAAUGCAGAAAAGUAUGUGUUUUAUGAAAGAUCUGGUGAUAAUGGUAUGGGAGCAGAAGCUUUUGUCCAUCUAUUGGCUCACCAUGGAGCUUCCAUGCAUUUUGCUACUAAAGAGUGGGUCACGAAUCAUUACAAGUGGAUUGUUUGGAAAUUGGCAUGCUAUGAGAGAUACUAUCCAGCUAGUUCUGCUGGAAAGUUUUUGACUGUAACAAAUGUGCUCGAGGAACUGAAGUACAGAUAUGAGAGAGAAGUGAAUCAUGGCCACCGGUCUACCAUCAAGAAAAUUCUUGAAGGGGAUGCACCGCCUUCUUCAAUGAUGAUUCUAUGCAUUUCAAGUAUUUGCUCUAGUCAUGCAACAGAAAGUGGGACUUGUUUUGAAACACAAAAUGGGACUCAGAAAGCAGCAGCAGUAAAAGUUGAAUUAACUGAUGGAUGGUAUUUGAUGAAUGCUAUUUUAGAUGUUCCAUUGUCAAAGCAACAUGCUGCUGGAAGAUUGUUUGUGGGACAGAAGCUUCGAAUCUCGAGAGCAGGAUUAUGUGGCUGGAAUGGGCCAGUUUCACCCCUUGAGGUGUCAUCAACAGUUAGUUUAUUGCUGCACAUAAAUGGAACAUAUAGAGCUCACUGGGCAGAACGGUUGGGAUUUUGUAAAAUUGCCGGUCCUCCUUUGGCUUUCAGAUGCAUAAAAAGCAAUGGUGGUCUAGUACCACAAACUUUGGCUGGAAUUACCCGCAUAUAUCCCAUUCUUUACAUGGAAAGGUUAAGCAGUGGGAGGUCUGUUGUCAUGUCAGAGAGGAUGGAGAAUAAAAUGAUGGAGCUGUACAAUCAGAGACGCUCUGCUGUUGUAGAUGGCAUCAUUUCAGAGUAUCAGAAGGAAAGGCCACAUAUUUAUUAUGACAGUGAUAGUGAAGGUGCUAAGAUUUAUAACAUGCUGGAGACAGCUGAAGAACCUGAAUUCCUAAUGGCAGAUAUGAGUCCAGAGCAGCUUAAUUCUUUUGCUACUUAUAAGGCCAAAUUAAAUGCAAUCAGACAAUCAGAAAUGGACAAAUCAAUAGAAAAAGCUUUGAAAGAUGCUGGCUUGGGAAGUAGACAAGUCACACCUUUUAUGAGGUUACGGGUAGUUGGAUUAACUUAUAAAACUAGACAAGACAAACCUAAAGAAGGCAUAGUAGCAAUCUGGAAUCCAACUGAGACACAGCGUCAGGAGUUGGUGGAAGGAGGAGCAUAUGCCAUUUCAGGACUCAUGCCAUCAAGUUCUGAUUCUGAUAUCCUUCACUUGGAUACUAGAGGAUCUUCUACCAAGUGGUUGCCAUUAUCUUAUAAUUCAAGGAAACAGUUUAAGCCAUUUUUCUGCAAUAGAAAAUCGAUCCCAUUGACUAGCUUGGGUGACAUCCCUCUUUCCAACGAGUUUGACAUUACUGCAUAUGUUGUGCAUGUGGGAGGGGUUUAUAUAUCAAAUCAACAAAAGAAGCAAUGGGUUUUUGCGACUGAUGGAUCCAUCAUGAAUGGUUUACAGUCAGAAAAGUUAAUCGACUCCUUGCUUGCUAUCUGCUUUUGCUCUCCAUUGAUUGAUCAUGAUUCAUUUCCUCCAAUCAAUUAUAACCUUGCAGGAUCUACGGUUGGCUUCUGUAAUCUUAUAAAAAAGGAAAAGGACCAUACAAACCAUAUCUGGGUUGCUGAUGCUAAUGAAAACUCUGCUUAUUAUUUGAAUUUUGAUUCCACGAACUGUUCUCACCUCAGAAAUGCUGCCAGCUCCGUCAGAGCUUGGGCAAAUCAUUCUAGUUUGAUAAUAGAGAAACUCAAGGAAAAGGUUAUGUAUGUAGUUGGUGAAGAUUGUAAAGCAUAGGAAAAAAAAAGCGGAGCUAUGGAUGUACCUUUUUUGCUCUAUUGUCUUUAAACCUUUACCUUAGCUCAAUUUCCUCUCUUUUUUUGGGAGUUCUUAUUUUUUUUUCCUUUGAAAAUUAAAAUAUUCCUAGAACAAAGUAAAUGUAAAUUUUAUCAAAAGGAUGUUUCUAUGCACAUUUUAAUAUAGGAUGGAUUAAAAGGGGUAUGGAAAAAUUUUAUCAGGAGAAAAUCGAGGAAAAAUUUGAAUAUGAAAAUGAACGGGUGUACCUCACGGACAUGGUAGAGAGGUAACAUAAUGGGGUAGGUCUGGUGUAUAUGCUUGCGGGUUGUGAAUUUUUGGGUAUUGCUAGGUGCACCAACAUUAUUGUUUGUGCACUCAACAAUUUUAAAUAAUUUCGUAAA